AUGGUCAAGAAGCAAACCGCAGUGGGCAAUGCGUCGUCUUUGACGCAGUUUUCUGAAUCGUUGACAACAGCAUACCAAUCCUAUGUAAAAAACGUGAAAAAUAACAAGCAGUUGUUGCUAAUUGACUCAUUUCUAGCAUUUUUGGUUGCAUUGGGGGUACUUCAAUUCAUUUUUGUUCUUGUGAUCAGAGAUAAUUUCCCAUUCAAUGCGUUUUUGUCUGGUUUCGUGCUUUGCGUUGGUCAAUUCGUGUUGUUGGUGUCUCUGAGAUUACAACUCAAUUCGCCUUUCAAGGGUAUUUCGAAGCCCAGGGCUUUCGGUGAGUUUGUCAUUGCAAGUUUGAUUCUACAUUUCAUCAGUUUGCACUUCAUCAACUGA